CAGAGAUAUGUGUCGAAGGCGCGAGUAUAUCUUGUGUUGUGGUUGUGUGUAACUGCAACUCGUAUAUUCGACUAUAUUACACUACAUUUUACUUUUAUAACGGUAUAAUUCUGUAGGAGUACCAAAAAAUAAUCCUAUAUAGACAUCUUCGACGUAUCGACAAAUCGUGUCACUCGCCGAGGUUUCAAGAUUCAAGCUUCGCUAGUAAAUGAGACGACCAAAGUGACAGUAGUACACAACAAAGAGAUGUCACUUUUCCGUGUAUUACCGUAUAUGCGACUUUUUCGAUCACUGAUCACGUCUGUAUAGCCGCAGUAAUAUUUACUUGAACACACGUCUCCUUAAAGAAAUCAACUCUGUUACAUCUUGUUCAUACGAUUCCAAACGAUAUAUUCAUCUCAUAAUCGUUCAAUGAUUAUAGACUGCAUCGAAGGAAGGUUAAGUUUCAAAACCGGGACGUGACACACGCUCAUAUAUGUGUCAUUAAGAAUGAUUACUACCUAUAUUAUAAAGCAAACCAGUCAAGUAAAAGAACGAUGACGAUUUGAUUUUCGAACGAUGUUUACUAUAUUGACGCGUAGCGAUAAUACUGAAAAGAGUGCUGAUGUACGAUAGAAGUGCAUCGUUCACAGCCACAGCAACAACAGCAGCAGCAAUAAUAGACAUUGGUCGGUUCAAAUCGAUUCGCACAAUGGUAGAGGAUAAAAAAUAUGAAAUUGACAGCCGUAUCGAGUGCGAUGGGCAUCGGGGCACGGUAAAAUAUGUCGGUCCCGUCGGUGAAACGAAAGGUUUGUGGCUCGGAAUAGAUUGGGACGAUCCGACUCGUGGCAAACACGAUGGUACACAUGAGGGAGUAACGUAUUUCAAAACUAGGCAUCCUACAUCAGGUUCCUUUAUACGCCCAGGUAAAGCAAAAUUUGGAAUAUCUUGUACCGAAGCUAUUAAAAUUCGAUAUGGCCUGAUCAAUGAUGACAAUGACUUGGCCGGCAUGGAUAAAGAUACUCUGGCAAGCUUGCAAAAAGAGAUGAAUGCCCCUUUCGUGGAAGUCGUUGGGUUUUCCAAAGUAAACAGAAAGCAAAGCAAGUUCGAUCAAUUAAAAAUAGUAUGGUUAAGAGAACAAUACGUCAGUACUGCCAGUAAACUGCCAGGCGAACUGGAAGAGUUGUGCCCAAAUUUGGAAGAGUUGGACAUAUCGAAAAAUUUAAUGAAUAGCUGGCAAAUCAUAGCGGACAUCUGUCGCCAGCUUCACCGUCUCAUUCGUCUCAACGUGAGCGAGAAUUAUUUACCAAUCGAAGAGAACAUGGAAACACUAAAAGAUUCAUUUUCUACCGUCGAACAUUUAAACAUGGCUAAAAUGAAUUACAAUUGGUUUGACAUACAACAGUGCGUAAGAAUGUUUCCAUCCCUUCGAGAAAUUUCAGUCUCUUUCAACAUCGUCAGCAGCAUCAUGCUGCAGCAGAAUCCGCUGAAAGCCGAUGACAAUUUAAUGAAAAUAUGCAGACUGACCCUCGAAGGGAACUUGAUACACAGUUGGGACGAAAUUCUUAAAUUGGGCUGUCUUCCAUGCUUGGAAUAUCUUAAUUUGAAUUCGAAUAAAAUAGACAAAAUUAGAUUUCCAACCGAUGAACCAACCGCAAAGACGUCAGUCUUUCCCAGUUUGCGACAAUUACACAUGUCACAAAAUAACGUAUCGGAGUGGCGGUCCGUAUCGGAAUUGGAAAAACUCGAUCGUUUGGAGGACUUGAGGUUUAGGGAAAAUCCAGUUACGCAGACCACGGAAAAUUUGGAAACUGCUCGUCAGUUGAUAAUAGCAAGAAUCUCGAAAUUGAAAUCGUUGAACGGUACCGAGAUCUUGAACGAUGAAAGACGAGGCGCCGAAUUCGAUUAUUUGAAAUUGUAUUUGGCGAAAUGGACUGAAACCGAGAAUGAUCCCGAAAAAAGAAAUCAAUUUACGAUCGAACAUCCUCGAUAUCACGCAUUAGUUGAAAAGUACGGAAUUUCCAAUAUUCCUUUGUCGCAAACAAAAGUCGAGAUGAUAUCCAACGUAAUAACAGUGGAGUUCGUAUGCCCGGAUGAUCCGAAUGCUGCUGCUGUGGCCAGCGGCAGAGGAGUCAAAAGAAAACUUUUAAAAGAUAUGGAAGUUCAAAAAGUUAUCGGACUCGCACAACGGUUAUUCAGAACCGGAGGAAAAAUACCGAGACUCUCGUUCAUACAACGAAACCUUUCCAAGAAAGAGAUACCUUUGGAUAAACCGCUUCAGGAACUCAGCUAUUACUCGAUACAAGAUGGAGACCAAGUGAUCGUGAGAUGGUGAUAUCAAACGAAAAGAAUCCAUAAAGAUGAUGGUAUUUUAUACAUCGUUAAACCAUCAUCGUUUCACCACUGUACUCGGUCAUUAAAGUUUUUUAACGGCA